AUGACGUCAUCUCAAGGCGACGCCGGUACCACAUUGCUGAUGAGCAGCGGUUAGGUUGUUAACGAUUGUAAACUUUACAAAGUGACACUUACUGAAGUGUUUUCGGUUUUAUUUAAAAUUAAUAAACAUUGACAUGCACUUUUACUUUAACAUUUAAUGUUUAUUAUUUAUCGCCUGCCGUUUUUUUAUGACAAGAAGCCAAAAUUCUGGUUCUGAUUCUGAAAUUAAGCGAGUCGGUCUGCACAGAUAUUUCACCAUUAGAGAUCUAUUACCUCGAUCUCCGGAAUGAAGUGUCAUUACGAGGUGCUGGGUGUGAAAAGGGACGCUGGAGACGAUGAGCUGAAGAAGGUCUACCGAAAAUUAGCUCUCAAAUGGCACCCAGAUAAGAACCUGGAGAACCCAGAGGAGGCAGCGGAGCAGUUUAAACUGAUCCAGGCAGCGUAUGAUGUUCUCAGUGACCCACAGGAAAGAGCCUGGUAUGAUAACCACCGGGAGGCGCUCUUGAAGGGCGGAGUCAGUGGAGAGUACCAGGAUGACAGCCUCGAUCUCGUGCAGUACUUCACUGUAACCUGUUACUCAGGUUAUGGAGAUGACGAGCAGGGCUUCUACACGGUGUACAGGAACCUGUUUGAGUCCAUCGCAAAGGAGGAACUUGAGCACGGUAAAGACGAGGAUGAUGACUGUGAUGAUUUUCCCACAUUCGGAGACUCUCAGAGUGACUAUGCUACGGUGGUGCACUUGUUCUACGGCUGCUGGCAGAGUUUCUGCACACGGAAAAACUUUGCGUGGAAGGAGGAAUACGACAUUCGGCAGGCCUCAAACCGCUGGGAGAAGAGAGCCAUGGAGAAAGAGAACAAAAAGACGCGUGACAAAGCCAGGAAGGAACGCAGCGAGCUUGUGCGCCAACUAGUGGCCUUUGUGCGGAAACGCGACAAACGAGUGCAGGCUCACAAGAAACUGGUGGAGGAGCAGAAUGCAGAAAAAGCCAAGAAAGUGGAGGAGCUGAGGAAGAAGCAGAAACUAGAGCAGGCUAAGCUGGCAGAGGAAUAUAAGGAGCAGAAAUGGUCUGCCAUGGCGGGACUGGAGCAGGAGCUGCAGCAGAUGGAGCUUCAGUACGGACGAGAGUUCGGAGACACGGAGGAAGAGCUUGAGGAGGACAGAGCGGAGACGGAUGCUGUGGAUGGCUCUGAUGAGUUGGACGACCUUUAUGAUGACCUUUACUGCCCUGCCUGUGAUAAAUCCUUCAAAACUGACAAAGCGAUGAAGAACCACGAGAAGUCCAAAAAGCACAGAGAGAUGGUGGCUCUACUCCGGCAGCAGCUUCAAGAGGAGGAAGAGUCACUGAGUCUGAAUUCGGCAGAGAGAGACGGCGAGGAAGAGGAGGAUGAAGAUGAGGAGAGGGAGGAUUCACCCAGACAAAAGUUGUCGAAGAAACAGAGGAAGAAGCAGCGACAGCAGAAAAACAUGACUAACUUUCCAGAAGAGCCAGCAGCUGAGAUUCAAGCUCCAGACUCCACAGAUGACAUCAUCACUCCUCCUAACCAAUCAGGAGAUAAAGAGGAGGACCCGGCCGGCUCCGAGGAGGCUGCAGAGGAAGUGAAGAAAGACGGAUCUGAACCCAAUAAAAGCUCUGGAAAGACGAAAGGAAAAAAGGCUGGAAAAGACUCCAAAAAGAGCAACAAAUCCCAUGGAUCUGGCGACGUCAACCAAGAGCAGAAGGAGGUGAACCUGCGCUGUGUGAUCUGCCAUUUUGAAUUCACCACCAGGAACAAAUUGUUCGAUCACCUGAAGACGACGGGUCACGCCACUGCGUUGCAGUCCAACAGCGCCAUGAACACCAAGAGCAAGAAGGAGAAGAGGAAGAACAGAUGACCAGAGCAUCAUCAUCAUCAUCAUUGUCAUUAUUAUUAUUAUUAUUAUUAUUAUUAUUAUUAUUAAGACUGAAGCAACUUCUCAGUGGAAAGGGUUUUAUAGAAAAUACAUCAGUCACUGGACAUGUGUGUGUGCACGGGCAUGUAUGCGGGUGUGUGUGUGUGUGUGUGUGUGUGUGUGUGUGUAUACUGUACCUUCUCCUCCAGCAUGCUCAUCCUACAAGCUUUUUUUUUCAGGAAUUGAUAAAUAUAUGCAGAUAAAGAACAGCACAUGGGACUGUAAGUGGAGCGCACACUUCACAGCGCACACGUUUUCUCUCCGUGAGAGAAAGUAGAAGGUAAAUAGUAAGAAGAUUUUUCUUGCUGCUACUGUUCAUAAAUAUGUGAUUAUAAAAUGUGAAUACGAGCUAUUCCAUUAAUGCACCCCGGAAACAAUAACGUUGCUACGGUAACAAAAUUAAAAUCUGUUUGCUAAACUAAAAUCUAUAUGCAUUUAUCCUGUGGUAAUGUAUUUGGGAUUUUUUUCUAAAUCUGAUCUUUUUCACACUCAUUAAAAGUGUCCUUAAGUCAAAA